AUGGCCGACACCGAGGAUGCGGGCACAUCGUCCGUCUCCGAGCCCUUAGAUUUGGUGCGCCUGUCGCUCGAUGAAAUCGUCUUCGUCAAGCUGCGCGGCGAUCGCGAGCUCAAGGGCCGUCUCCAUGCAUACGAUAGCCAUUGCAACCUGGUGCUAGGAGAUGUUGAGGAGACCAUCUACGUGGUGGAGGAAGACGAGAACGAGCAAGAGAUCCUCCGAACCAUCAAGAAGCAAGAAGAGAUGCUCUUUGUUCGAGGAGACUCUGUCGUUUUGAUUUCUCCUCAGGCAUAA